GGGAUCAUUGAUCCACAUCUGUUGUACGAAUCAAUUUGGCCAUCGUCGUGCACAGUUCAUAGUUCGUGCUGCGGAACAAUGGAUACAAGCCUGUCACCAGCAGCAGAGAUACACAAGAGGCAAGUUCUCUGCGAUACAUUACACUCCUGGAACAACUAUGCUCAAAAUCUUCAAAUAUACCAGAGCAGAGGAAUGUUUGCUUGAUGAAUUCAUGAUGCAUGAGGAGGAGGAAGCAAUGAGUAAACAACACAAGAGUUCUAAGCUGAGGCGGGGCGCCCCACAGUUUAUGCCUGCAUCUGUGCAUGCCCGUCGUACCUACAACACUCUGCUGCUCAAAUCUGACAGUGAACUGAUGGACAGAAUGAUCAGGGAGACAAACCUUCUGACAGACGAGCUACAAGAUCUCAAUUUGGAGAGACAUCAGGGUUCAUGUCAAGAAUUUGGGAACCUGACUAGCAAAGCUUCCACUGCAAACGCACAGAGAGAAAGCCAUUGCUAUGGAAAGCAGGCUCAUGAGAGUAUUGUGAAGGAUAUAACAUACCAAGCAUACAAGCCCGUAACUGCAAACGUGAAGGCAGCUUUGGACGGAGGACAACAAUACUGGAAGAAUGUUGAGAUCUCUCCAAGUGGAAAAAUACACACAGAAACUGCUUCUUGCGUCUCGUCAAAAGUGCUUGAGUAUCCGAUUGAAGAUAAAAAUGCUUUGGUGCAGAGUGCACCAGGAGUUUCAGAGAUGACCUGUGAAGAACAAAAGAUCAUUGGGAAACCCUGUUCUCUUGCAUACAACUUCGAGAUAAGUGAAGCCUGCUCAAAAUCCCUGGCUGGUGUUGUUGCCAUUGGCUCGAUGCUGAUCCCGAUUGCGAUGUAGAUCCAAAAGCAUUUCUGUCAUCAGCUGGAACCAAGGUAUCGCUCGUAAGUAGGAGGGUUGCUCUUUUUUUGGCUUCUUAGUAGGGUUCUUGAUGACCGUUGAGUAAACGAUUGACAGCUUCAUCUGGCAAAUAGAGAUUCACCGAUCUUAGCAUUAUAGCUUCGACCGGGAAGGUCCAGAUUUCACAAUAUUCCCACUUCUUUGUUUGAAGCUUCGGUUACCCUAUUCUCUGAGAAGGAAAGCACAAGAUGCAGGGAUGCGCUGAACAUUUUCGUAAAAUGGAUACCUGAAUCCGGAGUCACUUGAUCUUUGUUACUUGAUCGUACAUGGUUUGCUGGAAUGAUAUGCUGUUAUCAUCUCAUUGGUUUUGUUUUAUUUUAUUUUUUCUUGUUAAAACGACUGAACUCGAUCCUGAAGCGAAAACUCCUGUUUCUCUUCGAGUUGAAAUUCCAGCAUACAUCUCCUGAUC